CGGGGCCUCGGAACGGUCUCCGCCGACACUCUGCAAGACCCUCGUUGGACGCGGCACAGUCGGUCGUCUUUUGUUUUCGUAGUUUUCGUGACGGAAUAUCAUUGUUUUUUUACCGUUUGUGUUUGUCUGGCCGAACAGUGAAUAGGUAUUUUUCGUUUUCAAUAAUACAAAUAAUAUCUCAUCAUAUUUGUGACUGUGAAAUCAAAAAGUUGUCUUUUUCUUGGUUUCGUUCGUGUGCUUUGUACAGUACUCACCGAUACUGCAGCAGUAGACAUAUCUUGUAUGUAUUAUACUUAUAGCAUACUACACCUUUGAAAAAUACAACACACGAUACGUCCUGACCACCCAACCAUUUUGUGGAUGACUGGAUUAAGAGUGAUCGAGGCUACCCACGUCCGUUGAUCAAGUUCUUUUUUCUAAGUUCCGACUGCGUACAAUACAGAUAACUGUCUACUGAUAAGGUUUAUUAUAUAUAAAAUUACAUUUUAAAAAUGUACAAGUGUAUAGUGUGCAGCAAUGAAACUAAGAACACCAAGUUCAAUCUUUCUGAAGUUAUUUAUCAUGGAUUUCCAAAGAAUGCAUGCAUGAGAAGAAAAUGGCCUAGAGUUUUUGGGAUUGAUCGUUGUCAUGAUUGGCAACGUAUAUGUAGUGAUCAUUUUUUAGAAAAAAACUAUAGGCCAGGAAUAAAGCGAUUUUUAUUUUCAAAUGCUAUUCCCCAACCUUAUGAUCGAAGUGGUUUUCCUUCUAAUAAUUCUACUCAAAGUAAUGAUGUUGAAGCUGGAAAUAAUGUAAUUUUACCAAUGGAACAAAAUAUUAUACAAGAGGAACAUAUUGGAAAUGCUAUUGUAAAUAAUUUUAAACCAAGACUGUCAUCUACACUUACUAGAAACAAUGAGGAUAUGCCGGACCAUACUUCAGGAUCAGGAUUACGAUGUUCCGUUAAAAACUGCUUUAACAGGCAUUCUAAGAAUCUAAGUCUCUUUGGCUUUCCUAAAGAUUUAACCCUGAGAAAAAAAUGGAUUGAAAAAUGUGGAAUAAAAAAAGAUCCCGCUGAAAUAAUAAAACCACAUACAAGAGUUUGCAGUACGCAUUUUAAACUCGAUUGUUUUAAAGACACUGAGUUAAUGAACAGGUUAAAACCAGGCGCUGUUCCAUCAUUAUUUUUUAAUAGUGCACCUGAUGCUUCGUCAGUGUCAAUUAAUGAGGUGCCUGUAUUGAGUAGAUGUGAAGAUCAAUUCAUAAGUCCAAUAGAUAAUGAAGCUGCUGAACAGUCGUCACAAGAAGAAAAAAACAAUGAAAUAGAUAAUACGGAUAAUACUUUCAUGUCAAUUGACCUUACAAUUGGUGAUUCAUCUAAUAGUUCGUGUUCCAUUACUUUGGAACCAAUUGAGAAAAGAAAAAACUGCAAUACUGAAGAUUUAACAAGGGAUGAACACGGGUUUAUUUUUCAAAUAUCUAAGGAAGUUGUACUUCCUGAUAUAUAUUGGAAGAGUGAACAUCUUAAUUCAGAAAAUGCAACACGGUUUGUUCAACAAGACGCCAAUGAUGAAAUUGUGAAGACUAUCUAUUUUUAUAAUAACCUUGUGCCAUCUAUACAAAUAUAUGGCAAGAAAUAUGAAUAUACAACCCCUAUCACAACAAUGAAAAAGUUAGACGAUCUUUUAGAGAAGAUCGAUAGUAUUGUGAAAUGUUAUGGUAGAGGUGGAUUCGUCUCUGAUCAAUGUUUAGGGUAUUAUGAAAAUAGUUUACAUACUGAAAUAAAUGAUAAUGAAAUAAUGAAAAUGUGUUCUGUCUGCCGAGGGUUAGUCACAGAUCGAGAUUUGCAAAGAAUGAAAGCAAAACUUGAAGCUAAAAACAAGACUAUAGAAAGUUAUAAAAAGAGAAUUGCUGAAAAGAAAGAAUUUGUAUUACAACUUCGAAGAACAAUGGCAGAGUUUAAAAGAAAUCGUCAAAUCAGUCUCGCGUUACAACAAUCAGAAAUUUCAUUAUGAAGCCAUAAAUAUUUGUAUUUGCCAAUUUUAAGUCUAUUUAUUGGAUUAUAUCUAAUAGAAUUGAAUUUGUAAAAUAGGUAUAUCUGUGUAUUAAAAAAAGUUAUUGUAUGUUAGGUAGGUACUAUAAAAAAUAAUUAUUAGUUGAUAAACGUAAUAUUAUAUUCGUAUAUUUUUGUGCUGUACAUUUUUCCCAAUCUCCGGGUACACUUUAAAAAUAUAGAUUUAAUUUGAAAGCCCGUGGCCACUGAACUAAAUACAUGGAACGCGUAUUGUGUAUAAUUCUCGUAUAUGAAAAAUGAGACCAUACGGGAGCCGCCAUAUGCAUUCCGAUUUAAUUUUUAACAUUAAUAUUGUGAUGAUGAUAACAAUUUUCAUAGAUAACAUAAUAUUUCACCUUGUUUUCCCUUGACACGGAAUGCAUAUGGCGACUUCCUAUGAGGCUCAUAUUAUGAGUAAUGCACGCGUUCCAUGUAUUUAGUUCAGUGCCCGUGGCCCAAUCUCCUGGUAGUAAAAUAUAAACAAAUAUUUUAUACGAAGCAGGUAGUUAAAAUGUGAUUAUGAUGAAUUUCAUAAUAAUUUGAACACUGAACUUUAAAUGCCAAUACAAUUACUUCUUGCAUAUACAUUUUUACAAUUUUUCAACUACUAUUAUAUAUUAUACUUAUGAGGAA